GAAAACUUUCACGCAAAGAGCACUUCUCUUUUACUUCCUUUUUAUUAUCAUUAUUAUUUUAAAAUAUUUAUAUAAUAUCAUAUGACAGCACUUACUUCUGCCAACGGUAUUAUUGCUUUACUCGAUGAACAGCAACCUGAAUUAAAGGUAUAUGCUCUUCAACAAUUGAAUUCUCUUGUUGAUGAGUUUUGGGCCGAAAUUUCUGAUUCUAUUGCUAAAAUUGAGAUCCUUUAUGAAGAUAGCUCAUUUAGUCAAAGAGAAUUAGCUGCUUUAGUUGCUUCUAAGGUUUAUUAUAAUUUGGGUGAAUUAGAUGAUUCUCUUACUUUCGCCCUUGGUGCUGGCAAAGCAUUUGAUCUUUCUGAAAAAUCUGAAUAUGUUGAGACAAUUAUUUCUAAAUGUAUUGACAAGUACAUUAAUCUCAGAACUAGCAAAGAAACUCUCGAAAAAAUUGAUUCUAGAUUACAAGACAUUGUAGAGAGAAUGUUUCAACGUUGUGCUGAAGAUUGCGAAUAUGAACAAGCAAUUGGUAUUGCACUUGAAUCAAGACGUCUUGAUAUCAUCAAGUUUAUUAUUCAAAAGGGUGAUUCUAGUAAACUUCUUUCUUAUGUCCUUGAUGUUUGUAUGACACUUGUUCAAAACUUAGAAUUUCGUAAUGAAGUUUUGAGAUUAUUAGUGGACUUGUACAAGACUCUUGAUAAUCCCGAUUAUAUUUCUAUUAGUCAAUGUUUAGUUCAUUUGAACGACUCUACUUCUUGCGCAAAUAUGUUGAAGAGUUUAGUCGAGAAAAAGGAUGAGUUAAUGGCAUAUCAAAUUUCAUUCGAUUUGGAAGAGAAUGCUACACAAGAGUUUUUAUUAAAGGUUGCUGCCGAAUUACCUGUUGAGCAAACAACUGAGGAAGAAAAGACGGAUGGUGAUGUUAAUAUGGAAGAGGAUAAGCCCAAGAACGAUACUCCUUAUAAAAAGAUUAAAUCUAUUUUGUCUGGUGAGGAAUCUAUUCGUCUUCAUCUUGAAUUUUUGUAUCGUAAUAACCAUACGGAUUUAUUAAUUUUGAAAAACACAAAGAAUGCUUUAGAAUCAAGAAACUCUGUAUAUCAUUCUGCCGUUACUUUUGCUAAUGCCUUCAUGCAAGCUGGUACUACUAGUGAUGAGUUUUUACGUCAAAAUCUUGACUGGUUAUCUAGAGCUACCAACUGGUCCAAGUUCAGUGCAACUGCUGCUCUUGGUGUUAUUCAUAAAGGACAAUUAGCACAAUCCAUGAAUUUGUUGGCCCCCUAUUUGCCUUCUGAAAAUGGUGCAGGAAAUAGCCCUUAUUCUGAAGGUGGUUCAUUGUAUGCUUUAGGUCUUAUUAAUGCUAAUCAUGGAGCAGAAGUGUUGGAUUAUUUAAAGACUGCUUUAAAGGAUACAAAUGACGAUGUCAUUCAGCAUGGUGCAUGUCUUGGUCUCGGUGUUGCAGGUAUGGCAACUGCAAAUGAGGCUAUUUAUGAAGAUCUUAAGAAUGUUCUCUUUGGUGACAAUGCCGUUGCUGGUGAAGCUGCUGGUUUAUCUAUGGGUUUGAUUAUGUUGGGUACUGGUAAUGAAGAAGCGAUUGAGGAGAUGCUUCAAUAUGCUCAUGAAACUCAACAUGAAAAGAUUAUUCGUGGUUUAGCUAUUGGUAUUCCUUUCAUUAUGUAUGGUAAAGAAGAACAGGCUGAUAGUUUGAUUCAAAAGCUUUUAGAAGACAAAGAUCCUGUUCUUCGUUAUGGUGGUAUCUAUACAAUCGCUAUGGCUUACAGUGGUACUGGUAACAAUAAAGCUAUCCGUCGUUUACUUCAUGUUGCAGUUAGUGAUGUAAAUGAUGAUGUUCGUCGUGCUGCUGUCACUUCCAUUGGUUUUGUUUUAUUGCGUAAUCCUAAGCAAGUACCUCGUAUUGUUCAACUUUUAGCCGAAAGCUAUAAUCCUCAUGUCAGAUAUGGUGCUACACUUGCACUUGGUAUUUCAUGUGCUGGUACUGGUUAUCUUGAUGCCUUGGAACUUUUAGAACCCAUGACUAAGGAUCCUGUAGAUUUUGUACGUCAAGGUGCCUUCAUGUCACAAGCUAUGAUCUUAAUUCAACAAACUGAAAACACAAAUCCUAAGGUUGCUGGUGUUCGCAAACUUUAUGAAAAAAUUAUCAGUGAUAAACACGAAGAUCCAAUGGCCAAAUUUGGUGCAGUUCUUGCACAGGGUAUUAUUGAUGCAGGUGGUAGAAAUGUGACGAUAUCACUUUUGUCUAGAACAGGACAUGCCAAUAUGCCAGCUAUUGUUGGUAUGGCAGUCUUUACACAAUUUUGGUAUUGGUAUCCUUUAACACAUAUGCUUAGUUUAGCGUUUACACCUACAGCUAUCAUUGGUCUCAACAAAAACCUCGAGACACCUCGCUUUGAAUUUGUUUCUAAUGCCAAGCCUUCCUUAUUUGCUUAUCCUCCUGCUAUAAAGCCACCUUCUGCAACUGUGGUCGAAAAGGUAGCCACUGCUGUCUUAUCAACUACAGCUAAAGCUAAAGCACGUGCAAAGAAGAUUGAAAAGGAAAAAGGAGAUCAAAUGGAUAUUGAUGAAGAUAAACAUAGUAUUAAGGAUGAAGAAAUGAAUGAAGAUGAAAAGAAAGAGGGACGUAAAUCACCAACACAAAAAAAGAAGAAGGAAGAAAACUUUGAAACUCUUGAAAAUAUGGCACGUGUUGUUCCUGCUCAACUUAAACACAUUGCUUUCAAGGAAGAUUCUCGUUAUACACCUGUUAAAAAAGAGAAUGUUGGAGGUAUUAUUAUGUUGAUUGAUAAUAAACCAAAUGAAGAAGAAGAUUUGAUCCAGCCUCGUGUCCCUGCUGCAGAUAUAACAGCAAGAGCAGCAGAAGAAGAAGCAGCACCUUUUGAGCCAUUUGAGUACCCAUUUGAAGAUUAAAAUAUCCUAAUUUUUUCCAAUUUUUUUUUCUGUUCAAUUUUAUACUAAACAUCAUGAAGUUAACUAUAGAAAAAAAAAAUCUUUAUUAAAAAAAAAGAGAGAGAGGAAAAGCGUUCUAUUUGAAGUAUAUAUUAUAAAUAAACUAUAAUCUUGAAACAGUGA